CCAGGAAGUGACGGCUUUGCUGGUGGUCCUUCUGGAGUCGGUGAAGUCCGCGGCCGCCACCUCUUCGGCCACCGCGUUCCUGGGCGAUGGAGAAUGGAGCGGUGUAUGGCCCCACUACGGAGGAGGACCCGAGGCCAGUCAGGGGCGCCCGGAGCGGCCUCGCCGCCUACUUCUCCCUGAGCCGGCUUCCGUCGCGUCGGCUGGCGCUUAAAGUCUUGCAGCUGCUGCUGUCCCUGCUGGCCUUUAUCUGCGAGGAGGUCGUGUCACAGUGUACACUGUGUGGAGGACUUUACUUCUUCGAAUUCGUAAGCUGCAGCGCCUUUCUUCUGAGUCUCCUCAUCCUGAUCGUGUACUGCACUCCGGUUUAUGACCACGUCGAUACUGCCAAAGUCAAGCAGUCGGAUUUUUAUAUUACUUUGGGAACAGGAGGUGUGUUUUUGUUGGCAUCCAUCAUUUUCGUUUCCACACAUGACAGGACCAACGCUGAGAUCGCUGCAACUGUGUUUGGAUUUCUAGCAAGUAUUAUGUUCCUGUCUGACUCUGUGUUUAAGUUCUUGGAGAGACAACAGGAGCCCCAGAUGAGGAAACCAGAGGCUACCAGGAGGGCAGGGGCCCUCACAGAACCCCUUAAUGCUUAAGGACUUUGGGGACCGGGUGUUCCAUAAGGUAUUGACUGCGUGGUGCCUGAGCCCUGGCCGAAGCUCACGUAGAAUUUGUGUAAUUGUUCAACCACUUCCUUUGGAGAGCAAGGUGGGGAGGGCAGGAAGGCCGUUUUAUUAACAUUGGCCUGUGGGGCAGUCACUGCAAAUUAGACCAGAGUUUUUGGGUUUAAAAAAAUUUUUUUAAAUAACAGUUGAAACUGCUGUCACAUGAAAUGAUUCUGUGUUUGUUUUGGAGGCGAGGACAGUUGUUUCUUUAAAUCACAUAGCUCAAUUGAUAAUAAUUUAUUCUGUUGUUGUUACCAGGCCCAGCUUUCAAAUUAAGGCUAUACAGCCAGCAUGAUUAAGUUCAUCCACUUAGAAAUUGUUUUAUUUUUAAAUUAAUUUGCUUAGCCAUAAGUUUUUUGGGUUUUUUUUUUUUUGAUGAUGAUGAGAUAAAAUGUAAUGUAUAUUUGAGAGAUCACUAUUUAAAAUAUUGGUCUAGGGGUUUUUUUCCCUUAAAAAUGUAAUACCCAGGCUUUACUGUAUCUCAGCCUUAAAAUUAUAUUGUAACAUUUUAGGAUAAUUAUUAUUAACUCUUUGAGACCUUUUAUAGCCUAAUAGAAACCGUAUGGCAGGUAUUGGUAUUUUAUAUGUGUAAAAGCAGCAACAUCAGAAACCCCAUGUUUAUACUGCACUUUGGUCGUUGUUGAUAAGCAAAAAAAAAAAAAAAAGAUUAUAUAACACAUAGAAAAAUGGAAGAAACUCUCAUGGCUAAGGACCAAAGAUAAAGAAGACACACUUUUUGCACAAUACAGUGAAAGUAAUUUUAAAAACAGGCAUCAACCACUUACUACUGUCUGAAGAGAGAAGUUCGUACUAUGAGUUAGAAAUUGGUCCUUCCCCUUACUGGCAUACGGUUAUUUCUCCUGAAGUUAAUACAGCUCUGCAGGUCCCAUUCAGUGUGUUCUUUGAAGCCUCCCCUCUUUUUAAAACCCCAGCCUUUGAUUUUUCAUCUCUUUGAGAGUCUCCCUUUCGUGUCUCUUUAUCCACGUGGUCCAUACGCUGCUCCAUCAUCGACAGAGGUGGGCCUCCAGCUCUGACUCUCGCCUGAUGGCCGUGGUCUUCAGGUGGUCCAAAAUUUGGGGCCCUUUGAAUUGCAUCGAAUAUGUAGCAGGAUCUUUAGGGUUCUUGUUCCCACACUGGGCAUUACUCUGACUUCUUUUCAGGGGAGCCGUUUGUAGGAAAGUGAACAUGUAGCAAAUCCUGCCCAGAUUAAUACUGAUGAUGGUGUAAGGGGGCAGUCCAUCCAUUCUCAAGAGACACUUCAUAACUAGUUCUGAUCAUUUGGAAGAAUUGUCUCUUGCUGCCAGGCUUUCUUGGAACCAGCGAGAUAGGGCACUCGAGAAAGGACCUUUCUGACCAAGUGGUUCACAGAGUAGACCUCUCUUGUCCUCCUUUUGGAUUUUUGACUCGGGACUCCAGUGUUAAGGCAAUGAGCCCAUGCGUCAGGACUUUGGUGGAGGUCUCCCAGGCUAGCUGGGCUGGGUUUUCUAUCGGAAGGAGUGGAAUCAUGUUUCCAGGGAGACGAUUGAAUGACCCUGUCCUUUUUAAAUUUCUCAUUUGUGUGUUGUUGAUGUGGCAAAUGUCAUGGUCAGAAUCCAUCAUUAUGGCCAGACACAGCUUCCGCUCUGUCUUACUGACUCAGGACCUUAUCCCUUCGUACCAGAGCUUGGGUGCUAGGUAGUGUGGGUGGCGCAGUCCCACUGCCUCCCUGGGAGAUGAUGAAACCGAUCACUGAUGCUGUCCUUACUGGGUGUACCAUCGAAAAGAGGAGAAAUAGCCCGGGUCUGGGUUCCAAGAAUAAAGAGUGGUGCAAAAAGAACUCGCUUCUGGUCGGCAGGUUCUGGAAUUUCACACCCAACUGUACCCCUGUCAUUUGAAAACAUCUAGACACAGCAAACUGUCUGGGCUACCUCAGCCCCCCCUCCCCCGCACGCAUGGACUUAGUUGAGGUUGAUGGACGUGUCCCCGCCGGCCUCACACAUGGAGCUGUUGACACUGAGCUUCAGCUCUGAGGCUUGGCUCCCAUUUGUUUCCUUGGGGCACAAGUGGGCCUCGUAGCUGUCUACUUAAUCCUUCCCUGUUCAGAAAGAUCAUAUAUUCCCUAGUAUUUUUGGUCACUCUAGAACUUCUCUUCAUACUGUUUGUUAUGGGACCCGUGACUGAUUAGCCUCCUGCUAUAGAAUGAAAUGAGAGGAAAAAGACCAUUGGAAAAUAAAAAGUUCUCAAGGAGAACUUAGGACCAAAACCCCUUCUGUGUCCAAAACAGGGCACACUCAAUAAACUGAAAGUUAACAUAAUUUUUUAUUAACAGCCAUGUUAGACUUAAUUUGUUAUAUUUUAUACGAAUAAACUGUUUAGAAUGAUUCUUAAAAAUUAUAAGGGAAAUGCACAUACAGUAUAAAAAUUUUAUAAUUGCUGUACUUAAAUUAUGUUCUGUUUGGGGACUGGGAAAUGUAUUUUUACAUUGUUUAUAGCCAGUCGCUUUUGUAUUUAUCAAUUUAAAUCCUGUGUCUUUUUUUUUUUUUUUAUCUUUCUCAAUGUCAAAUUUUUGUAGUCUUCUUUUUAAAUAAAUCCAUUUUAUUGUC